UGAGAACAACAUCGUUUGGGUUGGGUUACUCUGUGUGUGUGUGUGCGCGUGCAAGUGGAACACAAACAUCCAAAGAGGAAUCCUGCAACGGAACUUCCUCGUUUGCCUUUCAGUUACUGUCUCCCCAAAACCCUUUCUUCUUCUUCUUUUUCAUUAUAUAUUUUUAUAUAUAUAUACACAAAAUAUUCUCUCUCUCUUUUUCUUUCCCUUUGUUGCUUCUCCACUAAGAACGUCCGUUCGAUCAAUCACCGCAAUAGGAUUUGGAUCUGAGCAAUUGGAUUUCGAUUCUGCCCAAAUAAGAGUGAAUUCAAAAAAUGUGGUGUAUGAAUGGUGAUGCCGGAGGCCAUUACUGUCCUAAGAAGACCGAUGAUUUGUGCGGCGAUGUUUGUUGUCAGGAGUCAAGCCAAGUAUCUGGCAUGUCAAGAAUCCGAUGCAUUUUCCGUGGUAUGGAUGUAAAAACCUGUAUAUUUCUUUUUGCUGUUGUUCCAAUGUGCAUCUUUGGAAUAUACUUGCAUGGUCAGAAAAUCACCUACUUCCUGCGGCCACUAUGGGAAAAACCACCUAAGCCUUUCAAUGUCAUCCCACAUUACUAUAACGAAGAUGUGUCCAUGGAGAAUCUCUGCAGACUUCAUGGCUGGGGGAUUCGUGAGUAUCCAAGGCGUGUGUAUGAUGCUGUGUUGUUCAGUAAUGAGUUGGAAAUACUUAACUUGCGUUGGAGAGAAUUGUAUCCCUACAUAACACAAUUUGUUCUACUUGAGUCAAAUUCCACAUUCACUGGUAAGCCUAAGCCUUUGGUUUUCAAAGGCAAUAAACAGCAGUUCAAAUUUGUGGAGCCCCGGUUAACUUAUGGAACUAUUGGUGGGAGAUUUAAGAAAGGAGAAAACCCGUUUGUUGAGGAGGCAUAUCAGCGAGUUGCAUUGGAUCAACUACUUAAGAUAGCUGGUAUUACAGAUGAUGACUUGUUGAUUAUGUCUGACGUUGAUGAGAUUCCGAGUGCUCACACUAUUAACCUCUUGAGGUGGUGUGAUGAAACACCUUCAAUCCUUCAUCUUCAGCUGAAGAACUAUCUCUAUUCUUUCGAGUUUCGCGUGGAUGAUAACAGCUGGAGGGCUUCUGUUCACAGGUAUCAGAGUGGUAAGACAAGGUAUGCGCAUUAUCGCCAGUCUGAUGACUUAUUGGCAGAUGCUGGUUGGCAUUGUAGCUUUUGCUUCCGCCGUAUCAGUGAUUUCAUCUUCAAGAUGAAAGCCUACAGUCACAAUGACAGAGUCAGAUUCUCUCAUUAUUUGAAUCCCAAGAGAAUUCAAGAUGUAAUCUGCAAAGGAGCUGAUUUAUUUGAUAUGCUACCAGAGGAGUACACCUUCAGGGAAAUCAUUGGUAAAUUGGGACCAAUACCCCAUUCCUAUUCUGCAGUUUAUCUUCCUGCUUAUCUACUGGAAAAUGCAGAGAAGUAUAAAUUUCUCUUGCCUGGAAAUUGCUUGAGAGAGACAAGAUGAUCCUGGAAAAGUCCAUUUAUGAUGCCGGUUUAUUUUGCAGCUUGAGCUAACUCAUGGUGGUUUUAACUGGGGUUUUGAUGACUGUUCGUUACUGGUCUGGGUUGUUUCAAUGUCCAGUGAGAUAUUGUUUUGGAAAUUCAUUGUGUUAGGACAAAUUCUUUGAUCCUGGGAGGAAUUCUGUACAUAACUUAGUUGUACUUCAUUCAAAGGGAGCAGCAUCUAUUCUGGUGAGCAAGGGAAAGUGCUGUUUAGAGAACAUGCUUGUGGUCAUGAACUUUGUGUUAUUUUGGAUUAGUGUGGCUGAUCCCCUGAUACAUUAGAGUUAUUUUGGAUUAGUUUCCAACCUUUUCCCGUUUGGGAAGUUUUGUGUUGCAGACUAAUUUAUUUUCUGUUUAUUCUUCUUCUAUGCUAACUAUGUCUCAUCUGA